UUCAUUCGUGAUAUGUUGUGAUCCAACUAUGUAUGUGUGUACCAACUACUGAUCCAGGGAUUGGUACGAAUAAACACAGAAGAUUUCCGAUUUCCAAAAUCGGGGGUCUACACCCAUCGGCCAGCUUCUCCUCCUCGGAGCUCCUCUUCACAGUGGCCCGUCUUUGUCGCUCAUGGCGACGAUGCCAUCAACACGUCAUGGAUGGGUGAUGCUUCCUGUCGGUGAUGGCGGCUGUGGCAGUGACUAGCGAGCGGUGCACCAGGGAAGAGGGCCACUGACUGCCAAGGUGGAUAUAUAGGAGCCCGGCGCGAUGCGGAGCUGGGACGGCGGCAGGCUCCAUGCGAACCUGGUGGCGCGACGUUGACAUGCUCAACAGCACCUAGGCGGUGGCGAGGUCAUUGGCACGGAAGUGCAUCAUGUCCUCACUGAGCACCCUCAGCGUCACCUCCUGUGGACGGUGCCAGUUUGGUCGCAUCCUCUUCCUCUUCCUGCCCAUGGCAUGCCGGCAAGGACGGCAACAACAUUGUCUCGUUGAUAGCUACCUGGAUCUGGAGGACAAGGCAGUGGUGGUGAUGAGCGGAGUAGGCGCGCCGAACAUCGUUGAAUCCGGCCGCUGCGCUGGCCACCCCAGGCUCCACUCCGACGAGAUAGCUUCGUGUUGGCCAACGCAUCGUCGAGGCUGAGGACGGUGACGAGGAAUGGAAGGAGCUCAAAGGAGGUGAGGGAGAAGAUAGGCACGUCAAAGAGAGAAGAGGGGAGGAUACAGGAAAAUGAUGAAACAUACAUGUGGGCCUCAUCAGUCAUGUUAGGGUUAUUUUGGUCUAUAUGAAGAUGAAAAACGUGACGGCGAUGGCAUUGAUCCAACUUUAUAAAGUUCCAGUAGCACCCAGUCGAUAUCGCGAAUAAUAGUGGUAUUUUUCUAAUAUGGUAAAAUUACAAUGACAUGGAUCCAAUUGAUCCUAUUAAACCUUGUCAUAAACAUUACUAGUAAAUUAUAUCUAUAAACACAAAGCACCUGUCGGUUCGUGGUGACGGAGGUUUUUUUUUCUUUUUCUUGGUUACAAUCUUUCAUGGUGCAAGCCAAAUAAUUUUUUCCUAUUCUAUCCAAUAAAUUAUCGCGUUGUCUGGUGCUGAUCGUAAAAAAAAAGCAUAAACCACGUAAGUGUGCAUAUAUCUCUUUUAAUAAAUUGGACAGAUGUAAUUUAAUAUUAUAUACAGACAUAAAUGUAUAAAUAUAUGAUAUUUAUGACAAGACUUAGUCCAGUGGAUAUCUAUAUCAAAGAAAGCAUGCAUAUCCUCUGUUUUUAAUGAGCUACCAGCAUGUAUAUCAUCUGUGUUAUAAUGAGGUGAUCUGCACCGGAAGGAGACUUUAAUCAUCCAGAAGGAUAUAUACAACUAAAUUAAAUGGUUGGACUCCUCAUGUUGAAGAUAUACUAGUACAGUACUAUAUAUCGAAACCAUCCAACGAGCAGAGCAGGUAACAGCAAUGGCCAUCAUCUCCAUUGCCGGCCAUCUCCUUGCUCUCAUCCUCGCGGUGGCGGUGCCGGCCUCGGCCGGUGGGCUCCCGGUGCGGCUGCGGUUGUACAUGCACGACAUCACCGGCGGGCCGGGGCAGACGGCCGUGCAGGUGGUGAACGGCACCGGGCCGCUGCACCCGGCCAUGCCGCCGGGCAGCCACUUCGGCGACACCAUGGUGGUGGACGACCUCCUCACCGACGUCGACGACUCCAAGCCCGUCGGCCGCGCGCAGGGCUCCUACACGCUGGCGUGCCUGCGCGCCCCCGUGUUUGUGGUCUCCAUCACCCUCGUCCUCACCGACGGGCCCUACAAGGGGAGCACCAUCCUCAUCGCCGGCCGCGACGACAUCUCCGAGGAGGUCAGGGAGCUGGCGGUGGUGGGCGGGACGGGCAAGCUCCGGCGAGCCACCGGGCACGUGCUGUGGACGACGGCGAGGCGGGAGUCUCCGGUGCACAUGGUGCUGGAGCUCGACGUGUACGCGUGGGUGCCCGCGUCAUCUUCUCCGGCUCGCCGUUGGUCGUCACUGCUGCGUGGCACAAACGUCGUCACGGCUGAUGUUGACGACGCUGAUUCUUAUUUCUAAUUACUAUACUUUACUACUCGAGUUGGUUGUGCAUUUGUCGCAACCGCAACAAACAUUUUCCUUCAAUAAUAAGAAAAAGGACAAAAUGAUUGAUCGAUAAA